AUGCAUCGAUGGCUGGAUAAAAUUUACGACAAAGCUGAUGUCUCAAUUUCUGCUCAAGCAUGUAUUCUGACGAUGUUUGCAUCGGCUGCCGUGUUUACUAUCAGCUCUAAUGGUGACACGAUCGACGCUAGCCGCCAGGGCUGGCAGUCGAGCGAAAUAUACUACCAGAAAGCAGAAAUAUUGCUCUCACAAGAGACGGGUCCACCAACACUCGAGUCUGUUCAAGCUAGAUUUGCCGCAGUUCAAUAUCUGCUCUCGUCAUCAAGACCAAACAAGGCCUUGUUCACUUUCGGUACCAUGGUCCAGCUCAUGCAAGCCGUAGGUAUGCAUCGUAAGGUCACUGCGAAGCCCGGCAGCUCAACUCUGGACUCAAUAACGAUACAAAUGCACAGACGAUUAUUCUGGUGUGCUUUCACGCUAGAUAAGUACUUGAGCAUCAUCAUGGGUCGCAUGCCGCUGCUUCAUAUCGACGACACUAAUCAAGCACUGCCGAUGGUUGUGAAUGAUGAGGACCUUACAUCCGAAGGCGUUUCACAGCAGGUCUCGAAUCAUGGAAGAGACUGUCUUCUUCACGCUACCGCUGCCCAUAUCGAGAUCGGUAUCACUCUAGCCAAAGCGUUGCAUGAACAGUCUCGUUUGCCGACUGUCACUGAUCGUUCACAUGUUGAUGCAGCUGUUCGGCGAGGCUCGGAGAUUCAUGAUUGGCGUUCGAGGUUACCACCGAUACUGUCUGGCGCGAUUCAUCCCAGCAGUCUGAUACCUUGUUUCAGGCGUCAACACUCCAUUCUUACUCUGGCACGUUUACAUGCGAUCAUCUUCGUCACGCGGCCACUUCUCUUGCGGAAUCUUUCCCUCGACUUGCAAGAGCCUGAGGCCAAACAAUACCGAGAUCAACUGCGUGCCUGCAUUCGCGCAGCACGAGAAGUUGUAGAGCUUGUUAGUCGCUCACCACGAAACCGGGUGCUGUACCCAGCAUUCUGGUUCUCACAGUACAUUGCCUUUUCUGCCAUCUCAGUCAUUCACAUCUACAUCAUCCAGUUGAGCCGUCAUCGCAUCCCCACUAACGUUUUCGACACAGCCUCACACGAGAGCGAAGCAAUGACCGUCAAAAAUCUUUACGAGCUAGCAAUGGUGGGACAGGGCCAUCUAGCCGAAGCAGGACACAAGAGUGCACCAGUCUGGCGUUACGGCCCUAUUCUUGAGAGCCUGUCUGCAAAAACUGGCGAAAAUAUCGCUUUCCAAACGAAUGACUCCACGCACCAGGUCAGAGCUUCGAAUGCGCAGAUUGUGUCAACGACACAGUUGCGAAACAACGACAAUGCUUAUCAAACCACAAACCCCGCAGUCCAAACACAUCAAGAUGCUCCCGAUCACUCUAUCGGUCCGCUCGCGGGAACGGAUUCACUAUGGAUGAAUAAUCAUGAGAAUCUAUGGACCGAAUUGAUGGCAGAGGAUUUGGACAACAAUCAUCUGACCAUGGAUUUCUGGCCGCAAUUUGAUAACUUACCUAUGGGUACGUUGUGA